UCUCUUGCAACCACGAUAAAAGAAUCCUCAUUGUGUAUGCACUUAGCACGGACAGACACGUAAGUAGUCAUUGACUCCAACAUCGUAUCUUUAAGCAGCAAACAUUUUACAGAUGAGAACCCUAAGUAUCGAGUCCUGUGCCCAGGGUCGUAUCUUGUGAAGCCAGCAUGUAAGUGUAAGUUCUCCAACACUCUCAAACCAAAACUUUUAUCAAGCUCCCUAAACCUCAACUAGCUUCUCCCUCCUCUUCCCUAAGCAAUUAGCCCAUUUAGUCCUUUCCACACCCACGCCCAGCCAGAAAAUCCUAGGUCAGGCCUGGCCUGUUCCUGAGUCUGGCCUGAAGGCUGCACAGAAAGAUGCUCACUCGUCCACAGUCUUGCCAAGCCUCUGCCACCCACCGCGUCAGUGUUCCUGAGCAUCUCCACCAGAGCCUACCCAGUUUCCCCAAACCCAGGCUCCACCUGCCCCGUUGAGUGCGCAUAUUGCUCCAGACUCUAGGGGAGGACCCUGCGAGGCCAACGCGUUGUUGAGAGACCCAGCAGGGGUCCUGCCUCCGCGUGGCCACCGCGCACCGCAGAAACUACGCUUCCCAGGCUGCCCCGGUGCAGCCGCGCACCCCGCGCCGCGCCCGGCCCUCGAGCCGCCUGUUGAUCGCAGUUCUAGCCCGGGGCCACGGCGCCGCCCCUGCUGAUCGGACCCUCGAGCUCGGGGCUCUAAGGCUGCUGGUCAGCACCUUCCGCUUCGGGAUGGGCGCAAGCAAGGUGGUAGUGUGAAGCCCCAGGAAGCUGGCCCACUUCAAAGUGCACGAGAAAGGUGUACCUGCGAAGCCAUGGCUCUCCCCUUUCAGAAGGAGCUGGAGAAGUACAAGAAUAUCAAUGAGGAUGAGCUGCUUGGCAAACUGUCAGAGGAGGAGCUGAAGCAGUUGGAAAAUGUUCUGGAUGACCUAGAUCCCGAGAGCGCGAUGCUACCAGCUGGAUUCCGACAGAAAGACCAGACCCAGAAAGCAGCCACUGGCCCAUUUGACCGAGAGCACCUCCUCAUGUACUUGGAGAAGGAGGCGUUGGAACAGAAGGACAGGGAGGACUUCGUGCCCUUCACGGGAGAAAAGAAAGGGAGAGUGUUUAUCCCCAAAGAAAAGCCUGUAGAAGCUCCAAAAGAAGAAAAAGUGACUCUGGACCCAGAGCUGGAAGAAGCCUUGGCCAGCGCCUCAGACACUGAACUCUACGAUCUUGCAGCUGUCCUUGGAGUCCACAAUUUGCUCAACAAUCCGAAGUUUGAUGAAGAAACAACCAAUGGCAAAGGCCACAAGGGGCCUGUAAGGAAUAUUGUCAAAGGUGAAAAAGCCAAACCAGUAUUUGAGGAGCCACCGAACCCCACAAAUGUGGAAGCAAGUCUGCAGCAGAUGAAGGCCAAUGACCCCAACCUGCAAGAGGUCAACCUCAACAACAUCAAGAACAUUCCAAUCCCAACCCUGAAGGAAUUUGCCAAGGCUCUGGAGACCAACACCCAUGUGAAGAAGUUCAGCCUGGCUGCAACCCGCAGCAAUGACCCUGUGGCCCUUGCUUUUGCAGAUAUGCUGAAAGUCAACCAGACCUUAAAAAGUCUAAACGUAGAAUCCAAUUUCAUCACUGGAACUGGGAUCCUGGCCCUGGUGGAAGCCCUGCGGGAGAAUGACACCUUGACCGAGAUCAAGAUUGACAACCAGAGGCAGCAGUUGGGAACCGCUGUGGAGAUGGAGAUAGCCCAGAUGCUGGAGGAGAACUCAAGGAUCCUCAAGUUCGGGUACCAGUUUACCAAGCAAGGGCCACGGACAAGAGUGGCAGCUGCCAUCACAAAAAAUAAUGACCUGGUUCGCAAGAAGAGAGUCGAAGGAGACCGGAGGUAAGCCUCCACUAAAAGAGGUGAAGUCACACCACGCAGCC